AUGGCCAGCACACCCGCUCCGUCGGUGGAACGACAUGCUGCUGUAACCACACUUAGCGAGCCAGAUCUCGGCAUGUCUGUGAGCCCCGCAUCGCAGCCGUCUCCCGUCUGGCAGGAGCUGGACUAUUGUGCAUGUUUGGCAACGACGAGCAUUUGGAAUUCGACAUAUCCCUCUGUGCCAGACAGCCCUCUGGACAGUGAGUCGGAAGGCGGCGGGGACACCACCGUGCAAAUGCCUCUGAUGGUGACACGCCAAACGAGCAUCAGCCUCGGUCCUCGUCAAAAUGCGGACCACAGCCUCGGUCUGUUUCCUGCACCGGCACCAAUUUCUGAUUUUCCAGCCCAGACCACGCCGCUGAUCGUCCUAGCGCGAAACUCCCCGACUACGGUCUUCCUCGAGACUGAUGCGCCCGGCUCAACUUCGCGUUCGAUCUAUUAUUAUUCGUCGUUCACGACCACGCUGCCUAACAGCUCAGUUGUUGUGGUGUUGACGACGGUCUCGUCCGGCGCGUCGUCGACCGCGACCUCUCAGGCGGCCCACUCACAGGGCAGUGUGAACAGCGCACUAGGCCCGUUAUUGGGUGGUCUAUUGGGCGGAUUCUUUGGAUUGAUGGUAAUAGGAAUUCUAUUGUGGUGUACAUGGCGUCGAAGGCAUGACAUCUGUGGCGGACGUCAGCCGGUCGAUCCGACACCAGCGUUCCCCGAGACUGAUCCCAAGAUUCCCGAGCAUCUCGACCGCCGCUCCUCGCGCUUCUCUUCGCAGUUCUCGGGAUACCGCUCCCCACGCCGUUCCAGCACCCCCGCACCUGAGCCCUUGCCGUACCAAUAUGGCGCCCUCGGUCGCCCAAAGUCUGUAGGGUCGACGACGAGUUUGCCGGGCGCUCAGUCUCCGCCGCAUUCCCCUUCGCAAUCGCACUCCCGUCCGACGAGCAGCACCACUCCGCCCCCGUCGGCAUACCUGCCCAACGCGUCGGUGGGAACGCCGCCCGGGAUAGCGACUGCUUUGACGCCUGGGCCGAGCAUGGCGUCGUCGUUGCGGUCGUCGACGCCCGCGUCGUGGUACCCGCCCUCGCUGCAGCAGUACCAGCAGCAGCGUCAGCAAGGGCGGGUGUCGUGGCCGCGUAUGGCCGGAGAAGAGGAGGAGAGGGUCUCGCCCGUGUUGAGGCCAAGAAGCGAGAGACGGCCAUCUCGGUUGUCGCUCACGUUGGCGAACUGGAAUCCAGAGACGGACGAGAAUGUGAUGGAGCGAGAAGAAACGGAUGUUGGGGCCGAGGAUACAUCAAAAAAGAAGACGAAGACGCAGGAGGAGGGCGGGGCUGGAGUUGAGGUCGAGGUGACGCGGGAUAUGGAAGAAUAA